AUGGCUGAUAGCACUCUUCCGUUUGAUUUCCCUACGUGGUCGUUGGAUGCGCUGGACGCUCCGCACGCCCUCAGCCUGGAGACUGGCUUCAUGAACGAGGACGAGCUGCAGCGAUAUCAACUUCCCAACCCUGGAUACGACGAAAUAGCGGCGCAGCAUUUUAUGGGCAGUGGCCCGGGACCGGCAAAAGUGGAGCAGCAGAUGUCGGCAAAGACGGACAGUUUCUACGACCCGCUGACCGACUACGCGCCGGCGGACGCGGAUAAUUUUCCUAUGUACGUUUUAGUUGGUCAUCAUGCAAGUGGCACAAAGGACUGA